AGGACUUCCGCUGCGGACCACCGUAUCUGCACUGUGAUUGGUUGAAAUAUUAACCACGCGGAAAAACGUUUCACAGAGGGAAUUUUUCAAAUCGAGAAGAGGAGGCGCUCUGUGUUCAGUGGAGAGGAGAUUAACAACACAAACAAUGCAGAGACCAAACAAAGGGAAGACUCCUCGGAGGCCAGGCCCAAAAAAGGCAUCCAACAUAGAGAAAGAUCCUGUUGGAGUAUAUUGCCGUAUACGUCCACUUGGAGCAGAAGAUGAGGAAUGUUGUGUGGAGAUGAUCAGCAGCUCCACUAUUCAGCUACAUGCUCCUGAUGGCCUUAAAGCCAACCGCAAUGGGGAAUACAAAGAGACACAGUACUCCUUUAAAAAAGUAUUUGGUAUUAAUACUACUCAAAUGGAGCUGUUUGAGGAUGUUGCCAAGCCUCUGAUCGAGGACCUUAUUCAUUGUAAAAAUGGUCUGCUGUUUACAUAUGGUGUUACUGGAAGUGGUAAGACCUUCACCAUGACCGGCUCUCCUGGGGAAGGUGGACUCCUCCCCCGCUGUCUAGACAUGCUCUUCAACAGCAUCGACCCUGUUCAGGCCAAAAGAUUUGUGUUCAAACCCGAUGACAAAAAUGGGAUGGAGAUCCAGGGUCAAGUUGAUGCUCUCCUGGAGAGACAGAAGCGAGACAGUCAGCAGUCAGUGCCCAGAACGCCAUCCUCCAGACUGAAGGCUGACCCAGAGUGCGCAGAUAUGAUCAGCUCAGAGGAGGCGUGUAAAUCUGAGAAUGUGGAUGAAGACUGCUGUUACAGCGUUUUUGUGUCCUACAUCGAGGUCUACAACAACUACAUCUAUGAUCUCCUCGAAGAUGCUCCUUUUGACCCAAUCAGACCCAAACCGCCCCAAUCUAAGAUUCUCCGGGAAGAUCAGAAUCAUAAUAUGUAUGUGGCUGGCUGCACAGAAGUUGAGGUCAAAUCUACAGAGGAGGCUUUUGGGGUUUUUUGGAAGGGGCAAAAGAAAAGGAGGAUAGCCAACACACAACUUAACCGUGAAUCCAGUCGCUCACACAGUGUAUUCACAGUAAAGCUUGCCCAGGCACCACUUGAUGCUGAUGGGGACCACAUUCUACAGGACAAAAACCAGGUGAAUGUGAGCCAGCUGUGUCUGGUUGACCUGGCAGGCAGUGAACGCACCAGCAGAACCAGAGCAGAGGGAAGCCGUCUCCGUGAAGCAGGUAAUAUUAACCAGUCCUUGAUGACACUGCGCACAUGUAUGGAAGUCCUACGUGAAAAUCAGAUGUGUGGAACUAAUAAGAUGGUGCCAUACAGGGACUCUAAAGUUACACAUCUGUUUAAAAACUACUUUGAUGGAGAAGGAAAAGUCAGGAUGAUUGUGUGUGUCAACCCGAAGGCUGAUGAUUAUGACGAAACUAUGCUGGUGAUGCGCUUUGCAGAGAUGACCCAGGAGGUGGAGGUGGCACGGCCAGUUGACCGGACAAUUUGUGCCCUUGCUGCAGGACGCAGGCACAGAAACCGUGCCUUCAGGGAUGAGCUGUCACGUCGCCUGGAAGAGCAAGGAGGUCCCAGUAAUGCCUUAGAUGACCCAGCUCUGCUGAAUCAGCUGAUGGAAAGCAUUCCAGCCAUGCCUCGUUGUGAGCUGGUGGACCCAGCUGAUGAUCAGACGUUGCCCCGCCUGAUUGACGUCCUGGAAAGGAGGCAUCGUGUCCGUCAGAUGUUGGCCGAGCAGUUCAACAAAACUGCCAGUACACUGAAGUCUAUGAUUGAGCAGUUUGACAGUCAACUCAAUGCAAAGGAGAUGCUCCUCCAUGAUCAGCGAAGCAAACUGAGCGAGAAAGAAAAAUUCAUCAUCAACCAGAGGACCGAGCUAGAGCGAUUAGAGAAAAAAUCCCAAACCCUGGAAUACAAGGUCGAUAUCCUGCAGAAGACAACAAACAUGUAUGAACAUGACAAGCGCUCACUUCAGCAUGAGCUGGAGACCCGGGAGCAACGGCUACAGAGAGAGCUAUCAGAGAGGAGGCGCAUGGAGCAGCAAAUGCAUGGCAUGGUCACAGACACCAAACUCAAGUGGGAGAAGGAGUGUGAGAGGCGAGUGAACGCCAAGCAGCUGGAGAUGCAGAACAAGUUGUGGGUGAAGGAUGAAAAGUUGAAACAGCUCAAGGCCAUUGUUACAGAGAGCAGUGGCUGUGGCAGCGAUGGGUUUCCCACCGAGCGCCCAGAGAAACCUGAGAGGCCCUCAAGGCAGAGAGAUCACGGAACGGGCCAGAAGAGGUCUGCCUCGCCAUCACCACUUCAUGACGUCAGCCAAACUCCCUCCCACCAAAAUCGAGCCAAUGUUAGGGCAGUUCAGGAUGCUUACCACACUUCCACCACCUCCUCCUCAGCUUAUCCCUCAGUAGCCUCCUGCAUCUCUGAUUGGGAGCACAAGUUCCCUGUAGACUCAAGCAGCCAAGCUAGGAGCCGGACUCCCGCCCAAUGCCACGGCACCAGCAGCGUGGGUCGCAGGAGAGGCCAGCGAUUGGCCACAGACACUGGUGCCCCUGCUACGACUCUUGUCUAUGGGCUCGACCUAGAGGCAGGCACAAGGACGGCCCCUCCGGUUCAUCCAACGCACAGGCGCUCACACUCUGCGGGUGGGGAGAAAUGGGUAGACCACAAACCAGCCUCUAAUUUGGACCUAGAUACUGUCAUGCAGCCAAUCAUUCCCAAUGCAAUCAAGGUGUCGACCCCAAACGAGAAAGCUCUGUCUAAAUGCCACAAGUAUGUGCUUAGACAUCAAGAGCUUGCCUCAGACGGGGAAAUCGAGACCAAAUUGAUCAAGGGCAAUGUUUUUAAGACCAGAGGCGGAGGACAAGCUGUGCAAUUCACUGACAUUGAGACACUAACACAAGAGUGCCCAACAGCAAGUCGCAAGAGGCGCUCAGGAUCUGGAGAAGGAGCAGCUCAAAUGGAGGACAUAGAAAACAGGCCUCCAGUGGCAAGCACAAGUUCAAGCCUUUGGUAUCAAAAACGCAGAAAGCCUUAAGUUUGCUGUACAUAUGAAGGAACUUUUUUUCCUCUUGAAAAUAUGUAAGAUUUUGCCUUACUUUUGGAAUAGUGAAGGGACCGCCAGUGAAACUAUGCAUCUUUUUGAGAGUCAGGGCAUUUUUCUUUCAUGAUGAUCUUCUUACAAAUUAUUAGAGUGCAAAUUUAAUUUAAUUAUUGCCAAAAUGAUUGACUAAACAAUGUAAGAUAUAUCCAUUGUAAUUUGCUGGAUUUGUGUCCUUUUUUCUUUUUGAAUGCUAGAAAUAUUACCGCAACAUGGAUAUGUUAAAUAGCUCAACAUAAAUGUUUUGUGAUAAAUGUAUUGUUUUAUUACAUAAUUUUGUCACAGCCUUUUUUUUGCUACCCAAAGACUAGAAUAUUUGAGCUUUUGAGCAAUAGAACAUGUUUAUUACUUUUACUUUAUGGCAUUGCUUGCCAUUUUUUUCAAGGGUUUUUCCAUUUAUUGGAUGUUAAACUGAGCAUAUGGCUGAUUACAAAAAAUAAAAAUAGAGUAAAGAACAUAGUUAUUUUAGAAUUACAAUGUGUAGACCGUAAAUAGAGCUGCUAAGUAGGUUUUGCUGUAAUCAAUCUGACUAACUAAAUAAGUAUUAUGAAGCUUUUUUUUACUUCAGUUUAUUGAAACAACUCCUGAGAUGUGUAACACAAUACCAUUUUUGCUGGCAUUAAAAUUAUUCAAACACCAA